AUGCAGUUCACCUUCAUUGCCGCUAUGGCUUUCGCCGCCACUGCUUUUGCUGCUCCUCUUGAGCAGACCUCUGCCGUCGACCACAAGGUCCUCAUCUCUUUGCCUACCGGCUGCUCUACUUCUGAUCUCGCCAGUACGUACCACUUUUCCUUGCCCUAUCCUUCCCGCACAAGUCUUGGAAGUGAUUACUCACCACGUACCCAACAGNAAUGCGUACUCCACCUCGUAGGCACCACAGCCUCUUGCGGCGCCGCUGUCGUCGAGGUCGGCGUCAACGUUGCUGCAGACUUGGCCUGUGUUGGCUCUGCCGCUGGCACUGCGGCAAACUUUGACGAGUGCGAGAAUUGCAUUCCCACCAGCACCGAUGUUGUUGAGAACUGA